CCAAUUUGCUCCUUGCCUGACACGGCCUUUAACUUCCCAAAACGCGUUAUAGGAAGAAGACGCGUGAAGUGAGGGUGAAGGCUAUUGCUCUGUCUCUCUGUUCCCUUCCCUUCCAAUGGACGACGAAACGCGUCGGAUCUUCAACAAGUUCGACAUUAACGGCGACGGUAAGAUCUCCAGCUCUGAGCUCAAGAAGAUGCUGCAUACACUCGACUCCAAAACGACGUCGAAAGAGAUCAAGCGCAUCAUGGCCGAGCUCGACAAGAACGGCGACGGCUACAUUGAUCUCAACGAGUUCGCCGACUUCCAUCGUUCUGGAGGAGAAAAGCUCGCCGACUCGAGGGAGCUCCGUGACGCCUUUGAUCUGUACGACUUGGACAAGAACGGACUGAUCUCGGUCUCUGAGUUGCAUGCGGUGCUGCGCAAGUUAGGGGAGAAGAGAUCCUUGAGCGACUGCCGGAAAAUUAUCAGUUCCGUCGACACCGACGGCGAUGGCAACGUCAAUUUCGAGGAGUUCAAGAGGAUGAUGACUCGCGCCUAGAACCAAAUAUACCUCGAAUUGAACGGUAGGUGAAUAUGCUUGAAGGAUGAUUGUGGAGACUGUCUGCAGUAUUUACAUGCAAUCAUGCAAUAUUAUGGAUUGUAUUCUCUGCAAUCGUUUCGUGUGUUAGAUUAAUGUUCUACUAUUAGCGAAUGAUCAAUUAAUUGUAUGCAAAACUUUCUUUAACGUCACUGAUCAUAUGCAAUAUCUCGUCGUCUUGUAUAA